ACUACUAGAAAAUUGGCUUUUUGCGACUAAUGUUUUUGCGACUGAUUAUUUGACCAUCGCAAAAACUAAUAUUUGCAAUAGCACCCUCCUUUUAUUAUACCUAUGCCCUAACAGAGACUGAUUUCCCCUGGACUCUCAUUUCCCCCAAAUCUGAUUUCGCUCGAUCGUGUGUGAGUAAGAGAAUCUGAUUUCCCUCUCUCGAUUUCCCUCUAUAGAUCACCAUGGUCGUCUGAAGAAGUGACCUCCAAUGAUCACCUUUCGACGAAGCUUUGGUUUGAAUCAAUCCUUCCUCAUCUGCUACAGAUGUGUAUCGCUUGGUUAUCAUCCUUCUGAAGAGUGGCUGCUCAAAAUCAUUCUCUCUUUUUAUUUUUUUCGACUUUGCUGUUUAGUAGUUGCUGUGUACUCAAUCUGUUGGAAACAUUUUAAUCAUAUUACUCUAGAGGGUAUAAGAAAUUCUUUAAUUCGACAAGAGGACAGCAUCAUAUUUAGCCUCCUGGAGAGAGCUCAAUAUUGUUUCAAUGUUGACACAUAUGACCCUAAUGCUUUCUUCAUGGAUGGGUUCCACGGCUCGGUUGAUUUCAUGGUCAAAGAAACUGAAAAGCUUCAUGCUCGGGUUGGAAGAUAA